GCCGCUCGCUCCGAGGCCCAGCCCGGCUGCUGCUGCUGCUGCGGCGCCAUUCGCCCUGGGCGGGCUCGGCUGCGGGCCUGCGGAGGGGGGGGGGGGCGGCGGCCCAAGUCAGCGCCGGCUCCUCCCGCCCGAAGAAGGCGCCUCUUUAAAGCCUGGAGGCGCUGCGGGGCGGCCCCACUUGGCCUCUGCCGGCCCUGGAGCCCUCCCGCCCGCCCGCCCGGCUGCCCGCCUCGCCUCGUCCCGCCCGCAGAACAAGUCCUGAGAGAUUGGAGGAGUGGAUCUUAAGAUCAGUCAUGUUUGAAAUUAAGAAAAUCUGCUGUAUCGGUGCUGGUUAUGUUGGUGGGCCAACAUGUAGUGUUAUUGCUCAGAUGUGCCCCAAAAUUAAAGUCACUGUGGUUGAUGUUAACGAAGCUCGAAUUGGGGCCUGGAAUUCUGACAUCCUUCCGAUUUAUGAGCCAGGACUUAAAGAGGUAGUCGAAUCUUGCAGAGGGAAGAAUCUGUUUUUCUCCACCAACAUCGAUGACGCUAUCAGAGAAGCUGAUCUCGUAUUUAUUUCUGUUAAUACGCCAACGAAGACCUACGGGAUGGGGAAAGGCCGGGCUGCGGACCUGAAAUAUAUCGAGGCUUGCGCAAGAAGGAUCGUGCAAAACUCCAACGGUUAUAAAAUUGUGACCGAGAAAAGCACCGUUCCCGUGCGGGCCGCGGAGAGCAUCCGCCGGAUAUUUGAUGCCAACACGAAACCGAAUUUAAAUCUGCAGGUCUUGUCCAACCCGGAAUUCUUAGCGGAGGGCACGGCCGUCAAUGACCUCAAGAAUCCAGACCGAGUGUUGAUAGGGGGAGACGAGACGCCCGAGGGACAGAAAGCCGUCCGAGCGUUGUGUGCUGUCUAUGAGCAGUGGGUCCCGAGAGAGAAGAUCCUGACCACGAAUACGUGGUCUUCGGAGCUCUCCAAACUGGCAGCCAAUGCUUUCCUGGCUCAGAGAAUUUCCAGUAUCAAUUCCAUCAGCGCCCUGUGUGAAGCCACGGGCGCCGAUGUGGAAGAGGUGGCCAGAGCCAUCGGAAUGGACCAAAGAAUUGGAAACAAGUUCUUGAAGGCCAGCGUUGGAUUUGGCGGAAGCUGUUUCCAAAAAGAUGUUCUGAAUUUGGUUUACCUUUGCGAGGCUCUGAACUUAUCUGAAGUGGCUCGCUAUUGGCAACAGGUGAUCGACAUGAAUGACUAUCAACGAAGGAGAUUUGCUUCCCGGAUCAUCGAUAGCCUCUUCAACACGGUCACCGAUAAGAAGAUUGCGAUUUUGGGAUUUGCAUUUAAAAAGGACACAGGAGAUACCAGGGAAUCGUCCAGUAUCUACAUCAGCAAAUAUUUAAUGGACGAAGGUGCCAGACUGCAUAUCUAUGAUCCCAAAGUACUGAAAGAGCAAAUCAUUCUGGAUCUUUCUCACCCAGGUGUCUCCGAGGAUGAUCAAGUCUCGCGACUGGUCACCAUUAGCAAGGACCCGUACGAAGCCUGCGAGGAGGCCCACGCUCUCGUGAUUUGCACGGAGUGGGACAUGUUUAAGGAGCUGGAUUACAAGCGCAUUCACAAGAAGAUGCUGAAGCCGGCUUUUAUCUUUGACGGCCGGAGAGUUCUGGAUGAUCUCCAUCAUCAACUGCAAGCGAUCGGGUUCCAGAUCGAGACAAUCGGGAAGAAAAUCUCAGCCAAGAGAAUUCCUUUCGCGUCAUCCGGCGACAUUCCGAAAUUCAGUCUGCAGGACCCUCCUCUGAAGAAGCCAAGGGUGUAGGCUUCGCAGGUACAGAAAAGUUGGGAUAAGAAGAAAAAAAAACAGAAGAAAAUAAUAGGAACCCCUUGAGACUCAGUAAAGCAAUUACAAACGAUUUGAUUUCAAUAGAUUUCAAUAUCUCCCACUGAAACCCCACGUAACUCUCCAUUCUGGCUAAAUGAAGUUUAGCAUUUUUUGCACAGGAUUUUAUACGAACUGUUGGGGUAUAGCGCCAUCGUUAUGCGGGGCAUUUUCAACCAGAAUUCUCUUUUAUAAGGUCUAUUUUUCUAGUAUUGUAACUUCUACCAAUGACGUGUUAACUGUACAACCAUCGUGUUUUUAAUAUUUUUUUAACGGAACAAUCCAUCGGCUUCAAACGUCAAGAUUUUAGGGUUUGUUUGGUUUUUUUGCAAGAUUUCACAGACUUUAGCUUUGACGUCUUGGAUCGAAAGCAGGAGAAAGCAAGAAGUUUCCUAUCCUAUUUAAUAGGUAGUAACCUACUAAUACCAUGUUAACAUUAUUCACGGUUGGAAGUUUAAAUUAAGACUUGUCUGGAAAUCCCCAACAAAGGGAUACUUUUAUAAUGAGUGAAAUCAAGGCAUUAAUGAAAUGACUGUUGAGGCAAUUUGCAUAAAAAUGCUUUAUUCCAGAGAAGACCCAAAAUAAGGGAUGAUUAAUUCUGCUUUUUCUCCAGUCGCUGAUUUGUUGACCAUCACUUUCAGAGGUGUUCUACGGCAGCCCAAAUUACAAACUAAGCAAAGCACGUUGUUUCUUCUUGUGGUUAAAAGCAGACUUGGGACUUUAAAGUUCUUUUUUGAUAUGGAAUUUAUCUGAUUUUAGGGACGCUAUGUUAAGCUGACUUAUUGUAACCGUGGUUUACUGAAUAAAUCAAAAGUUGGUCGGGUUGUAUAAUACCAUAAGCCAAGACCAAGCAAACAAAGUAUGGUUUUAAGCACGCUGUGUAAGACGCAGAACUGCCUUAAAAUAUCUGGGAAAAUGUCUUUGUUUUGCAGAGUCUUGGGCACGACUAAUAUCUUUUCACAUCCUUAUUACAAAACAGAGAUCUGAUUUUUGAUUAUUAUUUUUUUGGCAGUUUGUUCCAGUAAAUUAUGACGCAGAAAAUAAUAACCAAAGGAUGUUUCCAUUUUUCGGUACCCACGGGAAUAAAUAUAAAACUGGAAUAUCCAUUACUGCAAUGGGAUUGUUGUUUAAUUCUCAACACAUUUGUACUGAAUGUAAAACAGAUGGAUCAGCUGCAAACAACUCUUCCAGGGACCGGAUUUGUCAAAACGGCCUCAAAAUCAUCAUGUCAAUUCAUUUUUUUGAUUCCGAGAGCUUCAUUCGUACCUUUUAUAAAGCGGUCUUGUUAGUUGUGUGUGUGAGAGAGAGAGAGAAAGAGAAAGAGAGAGAGAGAGAGAGAAUAUUGUAUAGCUGAGCUUCAAUCCAACAGUUUAAUCAAGAAUAUCAUUUACGGUACAGAUGCUUUUAACCCUAUUUAAAGCCAACGAGAAACGUCAUUUUACUGUGUUUUAUGCAAACGGGGAUCAUGACCGACAAUUCCUCAUGAGUAGGAUUGUCACCGAAAAUUGUCACGGUUAGCAACGUGAUGUGGGCUAACGCAGAGCAAACAGUGAUUACUGAUGAGCGAGUGAAAAAAAUGCAUAUCCAUCUUCGAUUCCUUAAUGUAUGUGUCUCAUUCUACCUCUGUUUUUCUUGAUGGGUUUGAACGCCGCUUAUUGGCUAACGAGUGAUAUUUUUUGUACAAUAUCAGGGUCCAAGGAACAAAUAAAAUAUUUUGUAUUCUUUUUUCUUUU